AUGGAGCAGCCGGGGACAGAGGCAGUGGAGCAGCGACGAGCGGCGGAGCAACAGCGGGGGACGAGGCUGAAGGUGAUGGUGGCGGUGGACGAGAGCGACGGGAGCCUUUACGCGCUCUCAUGGGCGCUCGACAACCUCUUUCCGCUGCCGCCGCCGGCGGAGGACGCCGGCGAGGUGGUGAUCGUUCACGUUCAACAGCCCUUCCAGAACUACGUCUUCCCCGCUGGGCCAGGUAUUAUGUACCUACCCGCAACAGAUCAUCCACUUCUUCAUCUCCUCCUCCGCCGCUCUGCCUUGCUAGGGUUUUUCGAGAUCUGAAUUAACUCGUCGGGAUCCUCUCCAGCAGCUUUGUACGCCACAACGGCGGUGAUGGACUCAGUGAGGAAGGUACAGCAGCAGAACGCCGAGGCGCUGCUCGCGAAGGUCUCCCACGUCUGCUCCGAGAAGCACACUACGGUGAGCACCUUCUCUCCCGGAAAUCCUAUUUAGGAAGGUGAAUCAUCUUGACGAUCGACUGUGAAACCUGAAACCUUCGUGAUUGAAAUUGAUCUCGGCUUGAAGAGGGAAAAAAUAGAGUAAAGGUCGAUGGAUCGGAUGAGAUUUUUUCGGUCUGAUACGAACAUCUAAGCGUUUUCUUGGGUUAUGAAAUUACUCGAUUCGAGGAGGAUGAGAAUUCUGAGACCCGAUCUUAAUGGAGCACCGUAGGUGAAGGUGAAGACCAUGGUCAUGGAAGGCGACCCCAAGGAGAUGAUCUGCCAAGCCGUCGAGCAAGUCCACCCCGACCUCCUCCUCGUCGGCAGCCGCGGCCUCGGCAAGCUCAAGAGGUUGCCCAUCUCUCCCCAACUCUCCCUCUCUAUCACUCUCUCUCUCUCUCUCUCUCUCGCUAAAUCCAUCAAUGUGCUGUGGGUUGCAGGGCGUUUCUGGGGAGCGUGAGCGACUACUGUGCCCACCAUGCGAAGUGCCCCAUCCUGAUUGUGAAGCCGCCACACAAGUGA